AUGAGAAGGCAUAGAAGGCACGCAGCGACAAUGCACUGUCAAGUGUUGAGCAGCCACGAGAAAGUGCCUCCAACCAUUAACAUCCCAAAGUCAAUGCUUCAAUGCUAUGGCGAGUCGGUAUAUUGUACAGGGAAAGACUUGCUGAGUGAGUGUGCCAAGGGGAAAAGCCCAAUGGAAAGGUUUAUAGGAGUGGUAGCAUGGAGCAUCUCCACCACCCGUCCUCUCAUGUUUGGUGUUUCCCCUUACAAUCCAAUUCUUGGAGAGACUCGCCAUGUUUCAAGGGGUUCUCUCAAUGUCCUCCUCGAACAGGGGCAUCAGUUGAAGCUGGGGUGCAUGGAAAGUGGCAGCUUAAACUGA